UUGUUACACUCUCUUCCUCCGAUUAUCCUCAGAGGCCACAGGGGCUCCAGCAGUGGGCCCUCUGCGUAGCAAUCAGCAUUGUCCUUGCAGCACAUUUCGUUUCUUACCUCAUUCUUUCUUCUCCCUCUACGAAACAUCCUUAGUCGCAGUCACCACCAGUAUUCUCUUCUCCGACAUCACUCUUCACGCGCGGUUCAUCUCUCUGCUCAUCCACUCCACACAAGCUCAUUCAUCCUGACGGAAUCCCUCUAUUAUAUUCAUUGAGGCAUUACACGAGGCUCUCGACCAUGCCAAGCGUGUGAAGCACCCGGAUUCCCCUCCCCCUCCAGCACUGAUCACGGCAUCACCAUGGCGAAGAAGAAGGUGAGACAGACAUCGGGUGAGGAGGCCUCGCUGGACAAUGGCAAAGCAAAUCAAGCGUCUGCGCCCGCGAUGACGGCGCAAGCGUCUCCGGCAUCGUCAAGUUCAGCUCCUAAGCAGAGAUCUAGAACAUCGCAAGCGGCGUCGUCGACAGGGAUCCCACCUUCGCUCGUCAUCUGUCGCAAUAAGUAUGUACACUGGCGUCACAUCUCUGCCUAUCACGGCCCGUGGCUGCAGAUGCCCUACGAGAUCCUGGAGAUGCUGGCCAACAUCAACUACAACACGCCGCUACCGCGGCCCCUCGACGCCGCCUCCUUCUUUGACAUCGUCAAGGUGCGGCGGCUCGUCGACGAGGCCACCAACCUCGCCGUGAGGGCUGCUAGUGACAUCGCCUCACCGACGCUGACCAACGUCAAUGGCGGCUUUCCCAGCAUAUCGUCCGCCAUGGGCCCUCAUGGGAUGGGCGCGCCGGGCCAUGGCGGGAAGCUGAGCAGGGAGCGCAAAUUUCGCAUGCGAGAGCAAGCAAGCCAGAAGCUGGGACGAGCGUAUCGCUUAGACGAAAUCGCCUGCAGCGUCGCGACGAUGCAGGGCGCGUCGCCGCUGGAAGACGUGGGCAGCCUGGUGCUGCAGCGCAGUCCCAAGGAUCCCGACGCCAAGUAUGUGCACUUUUUCCACGAAAAGAUACCAUCGCGAAAGAUGGCAGAGUGUACGAGCCUGCAGCCUCUGACGGACAUCAUCGAGGACCGCCCGGCAGAGCCAGAGGUGUUGCGGACCCGCGCAACCGUCAAGAUAUUCAAGGAGGAUUAUGACGGUGCCGUUUUCGAUCUCACACACGCGCUUUCCAUUUCUCAGUUCCUUCGCAGGUCGCACGGCUCCGGCCAGGAAGAUGCACAGGUUGGAGACGCUCAACGCACAACCCGGAGACGGGCUCACGACAUCAUCCUGGCGGAAAAGGAUCAGCCGAGCAGCCUUGAGGCUCAGCUCUACUUUCAGAGAGCGUCGGUGUAUCUGACCAUGGCUUCUGAGCGCAUCCUGGAUAGUAUCCCGACGCCCUCAUUCAGCCAGUCGAACGGGCAGCCAGCAGCUAAUGAAGCAGACGAUGGAGACGCAGCCGCAGAGGCGAAUGGCAAAAGCUCGCCUGACCCAGACAAGGAGAGCGCGCGAGACCAGGCCGAGGCACGGAAACUGGUCAAGACGUAUGCCAAGCGUGCCAUCAAGGACUACUUGUCCUUCUUGGCCAACUACCACUAUUCGCCCAAUCUCCCCCUCAAGGUCGCCAAGGAGUUCAACGACCGUGUCAAUAUGGUUGCACACGGCGUACGCAGUUCCAGGGCCAUUGAUUCGAGCAGCUGGACCAACUCGCACACCGUUUACCCCCUGUCCGAUCUAUUCCGCUCUGUCCCUCCCACGGAUCUCCCGCCGUAUCCCUCUCAGGAUGUGUUGAUCAAGCUGGAACCGGAGCCGGACGAGACUACGUGCGAGUGGGUGACGUAUCAUCCGCUCCUCACCGACGCCUUGCACUCUCUGCUCCUGGCUCACUGCCUCGCCCAGACGUCCACCAAAGAGAUCCAGCGGCACGCGUACAUGGUUGCUCGCGUUGUCAGGCUUUCCGACGGGUAUCCCAUAUUUCAAGUGAAUAAAUCCCCUGCCCGAGCCGAUUGGGCCGAAGUCAUCCAUCGUACCGACAACUGGGUCGGUCUGAGCUCCUCGUGGGACACCUUGUGCACGCCCGCACCACUACCGCUAUAUGAUGACGAGUCGUGCAGCCAUCACCCGUGUGUCCACACCUACAACUAUCACGUGGAAAAACCCGCUGUGUCUGCCAGCGUGGCCGCCUCUGCCGCCGCAGCCCUCCUCGCCGGCACCUCGUCUGAUGCCGCGGCCGAGGAAGAACGGCGCCGAAAGGAGCUGAUUCGCGAACAGGCCAUACUGGAUGCCCUGGAUGACGAGCGGGUGACUGACGAGGCAUCAUUCCGCGCGGCCAUCAAGGCCCAUGAGAAGCGGGCUCAGCGGGACGAUGCCAUGUACUCUGACAAGCCCUCAAACGGUGCCAGCGCCACACCCAAACCAGGUCCAGGAACGAGCACGAGCACGGCCGGGCCAGACGCCCUGAAUGGAAUUUUGAACAACAACAAGGCAAAACACCCGCGCCCGCCUACGGGGGACGCCGAGGCUGAGCCCUUGUCGCGUCGAUGGUCCGCCGACGAUGGGAAAGACUAUCCGCUCAUGACAGAGCGCGCCAACGCAAUUGCGCGCUGGGUGCAAGAGGCUCCUGUUGUCACGGGCAUGGUGAAACGCAAGAAGCGGACCAAGAAGCCAGUGGGCGAUGCCAAUGGUGUUCCCGCCAAGGUCGACGCGGCUGGAGAGGCCCUGGAGAAGCUGGAGAUUUAA